AUACAUGCACAACAAACGGAAACGGCAACGGUAACGGGAACGAAAACGGAAGAGUUGGCCAAGAUUCAACUUUCCCGUUCCGUCGCCUUCUCGGAGCCAAUCAGAAUGCUCAGAACCAGGACAUGCGCAUUACAGUAUUAACCUAAAAAUUGAGUUUUGUGUUUUGUUUAUUUUGGUCUUUGGAGUAGUAACGCUAACGCUACGAUUUCAUUAUGAAUGACGAAUUAUUGAUUCAAUUAGUGGAAAAGUGCCCACACAUUUACAAUAAAACGUUGAAGGAAUACAAAGAUGAUAAAAUGAAAGAUAAUAGUUGUCUAUCAAUAGCAGAGUUUCUCAAUUCGGAACGUAAGUAUGAACAUGUGGUGCUUAGCGUCCUUAGCGAUACGAUUAUACAUUUUUUGUUUAUAAUGUGAACAAAUGCGAAAAAUCUUUUAGCUUUCCACUCAUAAUGGUAUUACAAGAUUCCAUUUAAAUAGCGUAAAUUGAAGCUCUUAGUCAUUUCGUAUUAACUCAUUAUACGCUGGUUUAUGUUAGUGCACAGAAUUUAUAAUUCAACAAUACAUGAUAAAACUUCAUAACAGAUUUAACUCUUUUGCAGCAGCCAUAGUGAAAAAGAGGUGGGACAACCUGAGAGACAGGUUUGUUCGAGCCUAUAGACAAUACAAUACUGUGCUUCCUUCAGGUUCAGGUGGAGGAACACAACAACAACCGGACUUCCCAUACUUUGAAAUAAUGAUGUGGUUAAUACCAUUCAUCAGGAAGAGAAAGCUGAUAUCCUCGACUGCCCCAGAAAGUGCUUCAAAAGUGCCAUACAUUGAGGAGGUUGAGUCUGAACCAUUACUAGAUGAUUAUGUUGUGGGAUCAGAUGGUGUAUUGUCACCUGAGCCUACCCAGUCUAGACCUACCAGCUCACAUUCAUCCAGACCUGAUAGUGCAUGUGGACACAAAAAGAGCAUCCAGGAGUCAAUGGCCACAGCUUUACAAAAUUUUUCAAAAAUAUGUGAGAAAAGAUUUGGUGAAAAUACUGAAAACAGUGUCACACAUUUUAUGAAGUCCAUUCUCGAUGACAUGCAACAUCUGCCACUGAAGAAAAAAAUUAAAUUUAAAAAAGAAGUCAUGGAGUUACUAGUUAAAUAUAUUGAGAAUGAAGAUAUCUGAAAUAUAUUAUGUCAUUCUUUUAAUGUGUAGG